GUUCUCUCGGUCAGUUUAAGCUUGCCGAAGAGAAAGAUAUGAUGUGAGUCAAUGAAACUAAGCGUGUCAGAUGUCCCAUUUAUUGGAAGGAAAUUCCGUGAUGGCUCCACAGAUUUCUCCCAAGGAUAUUCCUCGAGGAGAAGAAACUUCUGAUUCGGAAGAGGGCGAACCAGUGGCGCCAGUCAUCUUGGAAACCUCCAGUAGUGACGAUGAAGACAACAUGGCGGAGGACGAGCAUGACUUGAACCAGGGAUACGUACAGUUAGCUCAAGACGACAACGAAGGGCAACAAACUCCAGAUCAAUGGUUAUCUAAUACAGAGGAGGAAGGUUCAGAAGUUGAAAGUGCAGUUAUAGUUACUGAUGAUAGUGACAGCAAUAGUUCAUCAUCUGCAGUCAGAAGGGCUGAGCCAGAAAUGAAACAAGAACAAGUGGACCUUAUCAGACAGGUCAUGUCAGGAAUUACACUUCCCACGUCAGCCAUUCCUGAGUGGGCCAAGGUUGUGCCUGAAGAGAAAUGGAAAGCAUCUCUUGUAUCAAGUAUAACAAACAGACCUCAGUCACCACCAGACAGUGAAACAAAGAAAUAGACCAAAAUGUACUUGUUGGUAGUUGAAUUAUAAAAUUUUACCAUAGUGUGCUAUUCCACAAACUGUAGUAUUUAUACAAUGAAGAUCUGGAGGAAAGUGACUUGAAGUCAUUAAUUAUUGCCUUUACAGUGUCUUGUAGUAAAUAAGUUAUUUUUACCAUGUUAAAGCAGUGCUCAGGUUGUUUACCGCUUGGGGAUGUUGAACGACUGGAAAUCCUCUGUUUUAAUGCACUGAAUUCUCCAAAGCAAAUUAGUAAACAGCAUCCAGGGUUUGGUUAAUUGGAGAGCAGUGCAAAGAAAGGUAUACGUGUAACUGAAGAAAUUGUGUGGGGUUAAGCCUGAUGCCUUUCUUCACUCUCCAUUCUUUGUACUGUUGCUGACUAACCAAAUCUCUAGAACAGGCUAAGGCAUCUUAGGCAGAUACAGGGGUUUGAGAUACCCCCCUUUAGGGGGUCUGGGGGCAUCCUGCCCUGGAAAUGUAUUAAAAUUGAGGUCUUCAGAAAUGCAGUGGGAUUUCUGGCAUUCUGUGGCCAAGUAAGCGUGUUAUUAUAUCAUUUGUUUUUUAAUUUAGGGGGUUUGGCUGAAUCCCCCCAAACCCCCUACAUGUACAUGUAGAUACAUGUACAUGUAUGCUCCAGGGCAGUGCUCAGCAACCCUGCCUUAUGAUCCGAAGGAGUGAUUAGAUUGUUAUGAUGCAAUGAUUCUCGAACCUGGAUCAAUUGGUUGACUAUUGCAAAUGUAAGGUAGUUUCAAGGAGUUACUUCUUAGACCUUAAAAGUUGGCCACAUUCAGCAUAACUUAGUCGCGACUGGUGACCAGACGCCCGUCAGGCAGUAGCCUUGAUUCUAAUUGUCAGUGUUUAGGAGUAGGAGUGUUUAGGAGUAAAGAUAUAAAAAUAAAGGUAUAAAAAUCAAUGACCUGCAUAGAUAUUUUAGAUUGCUGAUGUCAAGUGAACAUACAUGUAGAUGAGUUCUUAUCAAUUUAAGCAGGAAAUUUUAUUGAUGGAGGAAGACUUUGUGUGCCGAUGUCAGUUUAACUUGUACAUUACAUGAAGUGUCAAGAUGGUUUUGAGAAAUUACUAAGCCUGUUACAUAAAAAUUCUGUUACUGAGAAAUCACCAUUUAGCCCCAAAUAGACACCUCAGUAGUCUUGAAUUACACUGAAGUUCUGAUAUAAAGUUUUUGCCAUGACUGUAAAGGAAAUGUAGACAUGCUGAAUAACAAUCAAUUGGCAUGGAGAAUUUACUAGGUUAUUUCAUUGAAAUGUUACUGUAAGUGCAGUGAAAAGAAAGCAAUAAUGCUGAUACACUAGAUUUUGUAUACUUUUUAUGAUAGCUUGAACAUUGUAAGGUUGUAUGUUGAUCAAUGGGCAGUGGUUUGUAUAGUAUUGCUGGACAGAAGAGUGCAUCAGUUCAUGUUUGUUUCUGAUGACUCAGUCACAAUCUUCAAGUGGUUGUAGCAUACAGUAGAUGCACAAAGAGGUCUGUGAAUUAGCUCACUUCGUAACAUAAAACAUACAUGUGUUGAUAAGAUGCUGAUUCAAAUUAAAAUGCUUGUAUGACAAAAAAUAAAUAUCUAAUUGAGUACAGA